AUGCCGGAAAGCCUCGGCGGCGGCGCGCUCUGGCGUGAAGGGCCGGUGGCGUCAGGGGGAGGCCUGGCCCGCGGACCGGGCUCCCAGCUCGGGCAGCCACGGCUCUCAUCCCUUUGGCCGCCUGGGUCACACACUGCUCAGGGAGAAGCUGCUGUCAGGUCCUUGGAGGCCACAUGGCCUUCUCAAAAGUAAAGCCGGGAGGACAGAGACCCUCCCUGGGGCUGGGUCACCCUGCCCUCUUCUAUCCCCAUCCAACGUGGCACCGAGUCUGCCAUUCAGUCAUUCCGUCUGCCAACAAGUCUUACAGGCCAGCUCUGUGCUUAGCUCUCUGCUGGCUCCAGGAGGGGUCCUCACUCGCUGAGCACACCGACCUCAGGACCAAGGGAACAAACACAGCAGGGGCAAUCCGUCCCGUCCACGGAGAAGUCUAAACCCCAAAGGGUCCCAGCUGCAGGGCAGCCAUGAGCCUGGUGGCCUGCGAGUGCCUGCCCAGCCCCGGCCUGGAGCCUGAGCCUUGCUCACGAGCACGGUCCCAGGCUCGCGUGUACCUGGAGCAGAUUCGCAACAGGGUGGCUCUGGGGGCGUCUGACGUGACAAAGCGUGACUAUCUGGUGGAUGCGGCCACGCAGAUCCGGCUGGCCCUGGAGCGCGACGUUGGUGAAGACUAUGAGGCGGCCUUCAACCACUAUCAGAAUGGCGUGGACAUGCUGCUCCGUGGCAUACACGUUGACCCCAACAAGGAGCGACGUGAGGCUGUGAAGCUGAAAAUUACCAAGUACCUGCGGCGGGCAGAGGAGAUCUUCAACUGCCACCUGCAGCGGCCGCUGGGCAGUGGAGCCAGCCCCAGCACGGGUUUCAGCAGCCUGAGGCUCCGGCCCAUCCGCACACUGAGCUCUGCUGUGGAGCAGCUGAGGGGCUGCAGGGUGGUCGGGGUCAUCGAGAAGGUGCAGCUGGUCCAGGACCCGGCAACAGGAGGGACCUUCGUGGUGAAGAGCCUACCCAGGUGCCACAUGGUGAGCCGGGAGCGGCUGACCAUCAUCCCACACGGAGUCCCCUACAUGACAAAGCUGCUUAGGUACUUCGUGAGCGAGGACUCCAUCUUCCUGCACCUGGAGCAUGUGCAAGGAGGCACUCUCUGGUCCCACCUGCUCUCCCAGGCGCACCCCCGACAUUCUGGGCUCAGCUCUGGCUCUACCCAGGAGAGGAUGAAGGCUCAGCUCAACCCCCACCUCAACCUCCUGACCCCAGCGAGGCUCCCCUCAGGCCACAUCCCUGACCAGGACAGAAUCGCCCUGGAGCCUCCUAGGACUUCUCCGAGCCUUCCCCUAGCCGGGGAGGCCCCAUCCACCAGACCCCAGAGGGAGGCUGAAGGUGAACCCACAGCCAGGACCAGCACCUCUGGCUCCUCGGACCUUCCAAAGGCCCCAGGUGGCCACCUGCACCGUCAAGCUAGGCGGGCUGGCCAGAAGUCAGACGCUGGGCCCCCUCAGGGACUCACUUGGGUUCCCGAGGGGGCCGGCCUGGUGCUAGGGGGCUGUGGCCGAGGCACGGAUCAGAGCUGCCUGUCAGCAGAUGGGGCCGGCCGGGGCUGUGGCAGGGCCACCUGGAGUGUGAGAGAGGAGCAGGUGAAGCAGUGGGCGGCGGAGAUGCUGGUGGCAUUGGAGGCACUGCAUGAGCAGGGGGUGCUGUGCCGGGACCUCCACCCCGGGAACCUGCUCCUGGACCAGGCAGGUCACAUCCGGCUCACAUAUUUUGGCCAGUGGUCAGAGGUGGAGCCCCAGUGCUGCGGGGAGGCCGUGGACAAUCUCUACAGCGCCCCAGAGGUGGGCGGGAUUUCUGAGCUGACAGAAGCCUGUGACUGGUGGAGCUUUGGGUCUCUACUGUAUGAACUGCUGACAGGAAUGGCACUGUCCCAGAGCCACCCUUCAGGAAUCCAGGCCCACACCCAGCUCCAGCUGCCCGAGUGGCUCAGUCGUCCGGCGGCCUCUCUGCUGACUGAGCUGCUGCAGUUCAAGCCUACCCGGCGCCUGGGCGUGGGAGAAGGUGGUGUCAGCAAACUCAAGUCCCAUCCCUUUUUCAGUACCAUCCAGUGGAGCAAACUGGUGGGGUAAGAGGGUAGAGCGGGUGACGGAAGCAGCUGGCCUGGUCUGGAUCGCCUCUCCUCCUUGCCUGACACCCAAGGCUGGCCCUCUAUCAGCGGGCUUCGGGCGAGGAAUGGAGGGCACUGCCUGUCCUACUGGGCUCCCACUGGGACCUCAGAAUUAUGGCCACCACCCAGGAAGGGUCAGCUCCUGGAAAAGCUGGAGGUGGGGGCAGUCAAGGCUUGCCCUGCUAAGCAGCUUGAACCUUCCACCCAUCAGUCAACAGACCCCUUGAGCAUGUGGACUCACCAUGUUAAAGGCUGCCUUCUGUGGCACUGGCGCUGAGCUCUUGACCACCUGCUGCACCCUACUGUGAGGUGCUGUGACUCACUCACUGCCAUGUUGUGCCCUACUCAGGACAUCUCUGGAGACACAUCUCAGGACACUGAUCCACUGGCUCAGUGGACCCAAACCAGACUGUCCUGGCUAGUCCUCUUAGUCACACAAUGAGUGGGCCUCUUCCACCAGAAGCUGUUACUGCAGCUGGGGAGGCUCAGAAGCAAGGAUGCCAUCUGUAGUGUGGGGAGGGAUGAGGUAGGGGACAGGAAGACCCCCCAUUCCUGACCAUGCCCCCUAUCUUGCGAUUUCAGACUCGGGAGAGCAAAAGGGAGGGGAAGAAAAUAAGAGGAAUGGGGGGAGGAAGGAAUGCACAGCUCUGCCCCUUAGAGCAAGUCUGAAACCAGAAUCAAAAGCCCUCUUCCCCAGUGGGGCCAGCUGUGUGGGGGGAGGGGGGCAGCCUGCCCCAGGGGUGCAAGAGGACAGCAAUUCAUUCAGCCUCCAGGCCAAAGCAGCUGAGACAAGGUGUGCCCAUCAGGAUCCCCUCUCAGGCUUUGGCUGUUUACCAUGUCACUGCCUACUGUGACUUCAUGUCCUUUUGGGAUAAGAAACCACAAAACGUAUGGAAUGACUAUCCAUGGCUCUUAGCCAGAAACGUCUUGCGUCUGGUCUCUGAAAAACUGGGGUGCGUGGUUGUCCCAAAGACAAUCGCCCCCAGUUUGGGGGCUCCUCUCAGGGUUCACCCUGUCACCGGGGUGUGGGACCUGGGAAACUUCCACUAGACUUUUGCCCCCAGCUCCUCCCCGCCAGCAUCCCAGUCACCACCAGGUGGCGCUUCCUACAUGGUCCACCUGUCUGGCUCUGAAGGCCCAAUUCUGUCAGGCCAGACUCCUGUCACUCAUGAUGGGGAGACCUGACUUCCUCGGGCUCUUCAGGAGACUGAGACAGAGAGGACAAGCGAAAGCGCAGCCUGUGUAUGACUCUCCGCGGUUCACAUCCUGCCUCUCCCUGGGGUUUACCUAGCCCCAAUAAAGCCUGCUCUAGUCUAUGGUGUUCUUGCUUCUUCCAUGCAAUGACCGCGGCUCACUGGGGCAGUUUGGAAGGCUCCCCCAUAGACGCUCCAGAGUGAAGUCAAGAGUGAGCUUGGGGGCUGCCAGGAAGUAGGAUGCAGGGCUGGUGGUGAGCAGCAUGCCACCUGUGCCCUGGGCCUCAGGGGAAGUGGUGAGGUCAGGAGGAGGACUAGGCUCUGUGGGGAAGAGGAUGAAGCAGCCUUGGAAGAGGCUCAUGGUGCCUGGGGGAAUGCCAGUUGCAUCCUCACAGUGACCCCUUGCAACAGAAGGCAGCUCCUGAGAAAACUGAAGCUCAAAGAGGUUAAGGACACCUAGCCAGAGUUGCAAGUUAGUGUUCCUUCUGCUACUCUCCCUAAGUCAGGCUGGACCACUUCCAACCACUGCUUCAUGAAACACAAGUCACUUCUGGAACUUCUGUGCUUCAUCCACCCAACGCUACAUGUCUGGUACCUUGUUGGGCCCUGAGUUUAGAAUACUGUGGGUCCCAGCUCUUACAGUCGACCUCCUUUCGAUAGAAUGGAGCAAGCAAUGCCUGUUUUGCAGGUUUACCAGACAAAUUAAAGCUUCUAACACCAAGUCCUGUUCUUCCUUUCAUUCAACCUAAUUUGUUUUUCUAUCUACUAGAGCUCUAGUUCUACCCUCUGGGACCCACUUCCCUCCCGUGAGACCUUCACAGAGGGAUGGCCUCACUGCAAGAGAGCUCAGCAGACAGGGACUGUGGAAAGGCAAGGCUGUGUUUAAGCCUGGAAUCUAUCACACCUGCCACCUGCAGUCUAGGUUAGCUACCAACCCUGUAUACUCACCCUCACUGACCACUGCUCCUAGGUGGUCAUCAACUCUCACCUGUUCAUGUGUAUUGACCUUGAGCAUCUUGGUACAUGAGGUAAUCAAAUCCAAACGAAAUGAGAUGCUCCCACCCCUCCCAAAUCCAUCACUGAAAUAAUGUAAGCCCCCACAAAAAAUGCAAGUCUACUGGUGUUUUGAAAGGGCUUCAUAAAGAUGGUGACCCCAAAUUCUCUAGAGUAUGGCCUGACGGGCUCAAGGAAGCUGGGGCACUAAGAGACUAUGAUGCUUUUGAAAACUUAAAAAAAAAUAAAAUCCUAAGCCCAACCAUCUGCAUGGACCCCUCCUCUCAGUCAAGGGCAUUCCAAAGUUAACCUGAAAAGCUAGUUCGGGCCAUGGUGGGAAGAAGGAGCCAGCCAUGCCUCAUGACACCCUAAAACAGGCUCCUUAAGUCUGAUGAGAAGCAUUUACAAUCUAUUUUCUCUGAAGCCUGCUGGCUGGAGGCUUCAUCUGCGUAAAACCUUGGUCUCCACAACUUACUGUAACCCAGACAUUACUUUCUAUUGAUUCCAGGUCUUUAGAUAGUAACUCUUUCAAUAAAUUGCCAAUCAGAAAAUCUUUGAUUCUGCCUAUGACAACACCCCUAGGUCUUGAGCUGUCCUCCCUCUACAGACCAAACCACUGUACAUCUUACAUGUAUUUGACUGGUGUCUUAUGUCUCACUAAAAUGUAUUAAAUGUGUAAAACUAAGUUGGAGCCAGACCACCUUGAACACAUGUUCUCAGGAUCUCCUAAAGGUGGUGUCACAGACCAUCAGUCACUCACAUUUGGCUCAGAAUAAAUCUCUUCAAAUAUUUUA